AUGAUGUCGCUCAUCAACUACCGCCUCCGCAUCACACUCAACGACUCGCGUCAAAUCGUCGGCCAACUGCUUGCCUUCGACGCCCACAUGAACCUCGUCCUCGCCGACUCGCAGGAAUACAGACAGAUCAAGUCGCGGAAAGCCAAAGCACGUGCAGCUGCAGCUAGCAAAGCAGGAAAAGCAGCUGUGCAAGAUGAAGAGGACGACGAUGACGCAGCGGCAGCGGCAGGCGCUCCAGAUGCCGUCUUGGAACAAAAGCGGACACUGGGUAUGCUCAUUUUGCGAGGAGAGAACAUCGUCAGCAUGGCCAUCGAAGCGCCUCCACCGGCCGAUGACAGGAGACAAGCGACUAUGCAACCGGGACCCGGAAAAGGUGUGCCUAUGGGCCGUGGGAUGGGUCUCGCAGCACCGCCGAUGGCAGGAGCUGCACCUCCCAUGAUGGGUCGACCUAUGCCUUACGCAAGACCACCUCCUGGAAUGCCAGGAAUGCCCGUUCCUCCUCCCGGUAUGCCGGUCGGUCCACCUCCAGGCUUCCGUCCACCUGGUUUCCCAGGAAUGCCUGGUGGACCUCCGCCCGGCUUUCCAGUUCCGCCACCAGGAGGAUUCCCUCCUCGUCCACCCCCUGGGUAA